CGUUUUUGUUGCCGGCGCAAUUUUACAAGAAUUUAUUUGCCUCAGCGGCGAUGUUGCAAAAUAGCAGCAAGCCUUGCGAGAAAGGAACGGGAACGCAAAAUACCACGCCGUUUCCGAGAAAUUUGUUGUUCUCGUGUGCGCAAAAGUCACCCACAUUGGGAUCGACUUCCGACCUCGAAAACGAGGAUAAAUCCAAUGUUUUGGAACAGAAAUCUUAUGCUUGGACAGGAUCUGAGCAAGGCCAAUUGAACAACAAUAACAACUCGAGCACAAAUAACAACAACAAUAACACGAGUGAGGCGCAAAGUAACGCCAACAAUCAGUCAAAUAACGCCAACAGCAGCACCCCAAGUUCAUCAACAACGACUUCGUCAAGCGGAAUGCCGGUGCCAGGAGGGGUCCAAGGACAAAAUCCUACACAGGGAUUAGUCCAUUGGAUGAGCGCCGUCAUGGCGGAACAUAUGACAUCGAAUUCGCAUCACGAUCCUGCCGUUGGAAUGCACUACAUGUGGAACGGAGCUGUCGAUCAAUGUGGACAACACAAGGACAUAGAUUCCUAUAAUGGAUGGCCCGCUCCCCGAAAUCCGAUGUCUAUGAAGCAAGGAUAUGAGGCUAAAAUGAGUUCCAUUGAUCAUCAUGGUAACAUGCAAAAAGGUCUCAUCGACGACGGUCACCAUCUCGGACAGAGCCAAAUGCCGUCAGCAUCGAUUUACGGUGCCGCCAAUGCCCUACGAUCGGUUUCAUCGAGCAGCAAUUCGCCGGGCGGCUUGCACCAUCAUCCGCACGGCGGGGCAUCUGCCUUGCUUGUCGUCCCGCAGCCAAUUAACGCAUCAAAAAUGCCCAACGGCAUGCCUAAUGGCACCGGAAGAAAGUAUCAGUGCAAGAUGUGUCCUCAGGUAGGUAUCUUUACAUCAAAAGCUGACUUACAGCUGCACACUCAAGUGCAUAUGCGUGAAGCUAAACCAUAUAAAUGUUCCCAAUGUUCAAAGGCAUUCGCCAAUUCGAGCUACUUGUCGCAGCACACACGCAUCCAUUUGGGCAUCAAGCCGUACCGCUGCGAGAUUUGUCAGCGAAAAUUCACGCAAUUGUCGCAUCUGCAGCAGCACAUUCGCACGCAUACGGGCGACAAGCCCUACAAAUGUCGUCAUCCGGGAUGUCAAAAGGCAUUUUCGCAACUCUCGAAUUUGCAAUCGCAUUCGCGAUGUCACCAAACGGACAAACCCUACAAAUGCAAUUCGUGCUACAAAUGUUUCUCCGACGAGCCUUCGUUGCUCGAACACAUCCCAAAACACAAGGAAUCGAAGCACUUGAAGACGCACAUUUGUCAAUAUUGCGGAAAAUCCUACACGCAAGAGACGUAUUUGACGAAACACAUGCAAAAACAUGCCGAACGCACGGAUAAGAGACCACCGAUUUCGAGUUUACCGGCACCGGCAGCGUCUUCGGGCUCGACAAAAGGCUCAAAUUUGACGUUAAAUACGCCCGCGAUACCGGCAAUGACGGGCGAUCAUCCGUACUGGCCCAAAGUGAGUCCCGAUUCGGCGGCAAAUCUCACGGAAAUCAUCCAGCAUCAGCAACCGCAGUCGCACGAGUUCCCAAAUCACUCGAAUCAGCAGCAAAACGGACAUCCCGAUAUCUCGCAAAAUCAACAACAGCAGCAGCAGCAACAACAACAACAACAUCAUCGAAGUAACAGCACGCAAAAUAGCAUGGUAGAUUCGCAUCAUCGCGGCGACGACGUCGAAGAUCUGGCAAUGUCGGCACGCCAAAACAGCAAUAGUCACAUGAAUAACAACAACGGGCAACUACCGCCCUCCUCGACGCCCAUGUCGAUCGCUUCAAACUACGACAGCACACCAAAAUCCACGUCGAAUUCCGCAUUCACGCCAAUUAACUCGAUGCCGCCGCAUCUCAACAGCUUAGGACACCAUCAUCAACUGGCACAACGACCGUAUUUGUAUGACGCCAUCAGUUUCCCGAGCAACAAAAAUGUCACCCAAAAUACCGGAAACAGUUUUCCCAAUCAACUGAUCUCGUUGCAUCAAAUUAGGAAUUAUGCGCAUCAACCGAGCGGCUUGAUGUCGGGCGAGCAUUUGCUGAGCGGCGUCACUGUGGGCCCCGGGAAAGACAAGGGAUAAUUAAAUGAGUAUUCGUGUUCGUAAAUCCGGCGACACGAAAGAGAAACCUUUUAACACUCACUUUUAA